GGGACAAUGCCAACAACUUAGCACUCAGUUCUGUCAGCUGAAACCCAGAUCUCCGCUCAGAAGUUCAGAGCAGGAAAGCAGACGUAACACAGCAGCUUCAGCUGAAAGGCAUAGUAGGAUUAGCAAUGCCUUGGAAAUCUGUUAUUUCAUUACUAAAGACAAAAAGGGAGAAAUAAUGGUUGGCUGCCCAAAGGUUAUUUAAAAACGGCGUCCCUUGUUUUGCUGAAACAACUCUUUAUUCCAUGUGACGUGACGCAGGAUCGAUCCAUCUCUCAGCAUAGUCUGUUUUGAAGUGGAUCAUGCCGCCCAGAUAGCAACCUCGUCCUCUCCACUCCCCCUCCCUGCCCCUUGAUCCCUUCCUAAAUAAUCUGGGUCCAAGUCCACCACUGCCACCCCUGUUAACGCAGGCACCAUGCCCCCUAGGAAGAGGACAAGGCCGGGCCUGGGGUUCUUGUGUUGCUUUGGCAGCAGUGAGCCCCCAGAGAUCAACCUGAAGGACAGCGUGCCCUUGCAGCUGCUGGAGUUCAGCGCCCCCAUGCCUCCUGCCGAGGAGUUGCAUGCUCGUUUCUCGGAGCUGGUGGAUGAACUGGAUCUGACUGAUAAGAACAGGGAGGCCAUGUUCGCUCUGCCCGAUGAGAAGAAAUGGCAGAUCUAUUGCAGUAAAAAGAAGGAACAAGAGGACCCCAACAAGCUGGCUACAAGCUGGCCUGACUACUACAUCGACCGAAUCAACUCCAUGGCUGCCAUGCAAACCCUGUUUGCGUUUGAUGAGGAGGAAAUGGAAAUGAGGAACAAGGUGGUGGAAGAUCUGAAGACAGCACUUCGGACUCAGCCAAUGAGGUUUGUGACGCGCUUUAUUGAGCUGGACGGCCUCACUUGCCUGCUCAACUUCCUGCGCAGCAUGGACUAUGAGACCUCAGAGAGCCGUGUCCACACCUCUGUCAUCGGGUGCAUCAAAGCCUUGAUGAACAACUCCCAGGGCCGCUCGCACGUGCUCGCUCACCCGCAGAGCAUCAACACCAUCUCACAGAGCCUGCGGACGGAGAACAUCAAGACCAAAGUGGCAGUGCUGGAGAUACUUGGGGCAGUGUGUCUGGUCCCCGACGGACACAAGAAAGUGUUGCAGGCUAUGGCUCACUACCAGAAAUACGCUGCUGAGAGGACUCGCUUUCAGACACUGUUGAAUGAGCUGGACAGAAGUACAGGGCGCUACAGGGACGAGGUCAACUUGAAGACAGCCAUUAUGUCCUUCAUCAACGCCGUGCUCAACGCUGGAGCAGGAGAGGACAACCUUGAGUUCCGCCUCCACCUAAGGUACGAGUUCCUGAUGUUGGGCAUCCAGCCGGUCAUUGAUAAGCUUCGAGAGCAUGAAAAUUCCACCCUGGAUAGGCAUUUGGACUUUUUUGAGAUGGUGCGCAACGAAGAUGACUCAGAGUUGGCCAAAAGGUUUGAUAUGACCCAUGUAGACACCAAGAGUGCCGGUGCUAUGUUUGAGCUGGUUAAAAAGAAGCUGAGCCACACAGACGCCUACCCACACCUCCUUUCCAUCCUCCAACACUGCCUGCAGAUGCCCUAUAAGCGUGGUGGAAGCGCCAUGCAUCACUGGCAGCUUCUCGACAGGAUCCUUCAGCAAAUAGUCCUACAAGAUGACAAGGGGGAGGACCCUGACCUUGCCCCUCUGGACAACUUCAGUGUUAAAAACAUCAUUCGCAUGCUGGUCAAUGAGAAUGAGGUAAAACAGUGGAGAGAUCAGGCUGAGAAAUUCAGAAAAGAUCAUGUUGAGCUACUUGCCAAAUUGGAGAGGAAGGAGCGAGAGUGUGAGACCAAGACCCAGGAAAAAGAGGACAUGAUGAAGACUCUGAACAAGAUGAAGGAUAAGCUCCAGCGUGAGGGUGUGGAGCUGCGCUCAGCCAGGGAGCAAGUCCUGGAUCUAUCAUCACGCAUCAAUGACAUUGCUGGUGGCGGUGUGUCAUUCCCGCCACCUCCGCCCCCGCCAGGCGCACCUGUGGCUCCACCUCCACCUCCAAUAAUGGGUGGCUUCCCUCCACCUCCUCCUCCGCUGCCUUUCAGCUGCCCACCACCACCGCCACCACCACCCCCACCUGGUAUCCCACCUCCUCCACCAGGAGCCCCGCCCAUUUUCGGAGUACCGCCUCCGCCCAUUCCCUCUUCUUUCAAUUCGGUAAACACGCUGCGCUCCAAGUCCAUCCCUCAACCUUCUCAUCCGUUGAAGUCCUUCAACUGGGCUAAACUUGGCGAGCAUAUGGUCAAUGGUACCAUCUGGAGUGACAUUGAUGACCUAAAAGCCUUCAAGAUCCUUGACCUCAAGGACAUAGAGAAGAUGUUUUCAGCCUAUCAGAGACAACAGGACCUGCUCACUAACCAAUCCUUCAAGCAGAAGGAGACAGGAUCUAUGGAUGAUUUAUAUAUCAGCACAAGGAAAGUCAAGGAGCUGUCAGUCAUAGAUGGCCGACGUGCACAGAACUGUGUCAUCCUCCUAUCGAAAUUAAAAAUGAGCAAUGAAGAGAUUAAGAGGGCAAUCCUGGAAAUGGAUGAACGAGAAGAGUUGGCCAAAGAUAUGCUGGAGCAGUUGCUGAAGUUUGUCCCAGAGAAGAGUGACAUUGAUCUCCUGGAGGAGCACAAACAUGAGCUGGAGCGCAUGGCCAGAGCAGAUCGCUUCCUUUUUGAAAUGAGCAGAAUUGACCACUACCAACAGAGACUGCAGGCUCUGUUCUUUAAGAAGAAGUUUGCAGAGCGCCUUUCUGAAACCAAGCCAAAAGUGGACGCCAUCCUCAACGCUUCCAGGGAGGUGGUCCGCAGCAAGAGGCUCACUCAGAUCCUGGAGGUUGUGCUCGCCUUUGGUAACUUCAUGAACAAGGGCCAGAGAGGAAAUGCGUUUGGGUUCAAGGUCUCGAGCCUCAAUAAGAUUGCUGACACCAAGUCCAGCAUAGACAGGAACAUUACCAUGUUGCACUACCUGAUCAUGAUCUUUGAGAAGAACUACCCUGACACGCUACACAUCCAGCUGGACCUCAGCAGCAUACCAGAGGCUGCAAAAGUCAAUUUGGCAGAACUAGAAAAAGAGGUGCACAGUAUAAAAAGCGGACUGAAGGCUCUUGAGGCGGAGCUGCACUACCAGCAGCAGAGCAGGACAAGGGAACGCGGGGAUAAGUUUGUGGCCGUAAUCGGUGACUUCAUCACCGUGGCGGGCUUCAGCUUCUCUGAACUGGAAGAUCAGUUGAGCGAGGCCAAGGACAAGUUUGCCAAAUCUCUGAAGCACUUUGGGGAAGAAGAAGGGAGGAUGCAGCCCGACGAGUUCUUUGGGAUUUUCGACACCUUCUUGGGGUCGUUCAGCGAAGCCCGUCAAGACCUGGAAAACAUGCAGCGACGCAAAGACGAGGAGGAGAGGAGGGCGCGCAUGGAGGCUAUGCUGAAGGAGCAGCGGGAGCGGGAACGGCGGGCUAAGAAGAGCGGGGCCUCAGACGAGGUCGGAGGGGAAUUUGACGACCUGGUGUCGGCCCUGCGUUCUGGCGAGGUUUUUGACAAAGACCUGAACAAAUUCAAAAGGAACCGCAAGCGCUCCGUCAACCAGCUGGUGGAGGGAGGUGGGCGCGAACGGGCCGUCACCAAGGUCACCUAUUAGGGCGGGAAAAACAGAAGAAACGUCAGCUCCGAUGUGGACUCGUUUGGUGUGACCAUAUGGCAUGUGCGACCUGUCACCCCUGGACGUUAUGUGAUCUCCUGAUCGGGACGCAGGGCAGGUGGGAUGCUGGGCACAGACGGCUGUGACACAUCAUCCCAAGACUUUUGACCACUGUGCUUCAGCUUCUCGCCACUCGUCACUCCCGUGUUUCUCACAACUUCCCGACAGACAAAAACCCUCAAGUUAGGUGCUGGUGCUGCUUUGUCACGGUCAGUCACUCUGCACAUACAAAAAGCGAGAACGUGGAUUGUAAAUGGCUUCUGAAGCCUCCUCCACAUCUGGAAAUGAUAUGGAAGAUCUACAAAAAUGCAACCUAGGAGGAAUGCAGCCGGUGGUCACAUGUCCUCCCUGUCUUCGAAUUGCAGCAUUAAGGUGUCCAUUUCCACAGCGCUGUUCUGGCAUCAACCAGUGCCAAAACUUGUGCAUGUGUUCUAAAAGGGUUGUUUUGUAGGUUUUCAUGGCGUUUUGUUGGUGCUCUACUCGUUCAUUUGUACACAUUUUGCGCUUUAAGUUUAUCUUGUUUGCACUGCAGCUUUCUCUUGUCUUAGUGAAUGCUCAUAGGCCAGCCUACAACGUGCAGGUGUGUGUGUGUGUGUUGUCCGUCUACACGCCAACAAACAUGACGAAGGAAAUGGCUUUCCAUGUUUACAGCUCUCCCUGCUCAGCUUUAUUACGGCUAAUCUACAUUGUUUGCUACACUCGCCUCCAGGCAGAGCCAUCAGUCCAGUUUUUGACACCAUUACCAAGAUUCCGACUAGCUUUACUUACACUUACUGCAGUAUCAUCGGUGUGGAGUGUUUGAGACGCUUGUUUGUAAGUCAACACGAGGUUUUCAUCGGUGACCGAAUGCUGCAACAACGCGGGUUGGUGAAAGGAAGCGGCGGUAGAGAUAUUUUAAUAUAUGCAUUUCUAAAAUCUUAGUAAAUGUGACAAAUGCUGCAAUGUGAGUAGUGCGAAAACACGAUGUCUUUAUGUUAACACUAGAGGGGGCGACACGGUGCCGAUUCCUUAAAAAUGAAUAGUGCACACAAUGCAAGCAUUUCUACUCCCAACGAUCUUCAGAGCUGUAACUUGGUAUCUCAAACAUUUAGUUUGGCUGCCGUCUGAUUUGCACAGCUUGUUAUAACAGAUACCAGUGCUGCAAUACUGCUUCCUACACCUCCCACAGCACUUGAUUCAACAAGCACUUGGUGUUAAUUCCUCGUAUAGUUUAGCGAUGAGCUGACUGAAAACACCAGUAGUAGAUGUUCAUGACGGCUCGCACGUACGUUGUGAUGUUUGUCCGUCGUCGUACCACGUACUCACCUGGAAGUGCCUCUGACCCUGCGUUCACACAAGUACCAUUCCUCUUUCUGCGUGGUGCUGCUAAUGUAUGUACAGUACUUGGUGGUAUUUAAAACCGGCACAUGACAUUGCGGUGUACGUUUUGAAAAGGAGUUCAAAACAGCUCUGUAGCCCGACCCGGCACGCGAUGUUUCACUUUUGUGCCCUGAAGGGGGAAAGUGGCCCACCCUCAUCUCAGUCAGUUUAGUUACUUGCAAAAUACGGCAACGCAGCGAAGGAGCUUUAGGUUUGAUUAACCUUAGCGUUGAGAAAUGUUCCUAAAAAGCCACCACUUUAACCAGCAUUGUCUGUAUAUUUCUGCUGGUCUUUUUUCCUAACCUCCUUUAUCUCUCCAGUUAAUCUGUUAGUAUAUCAAACGUUGGCAGAACCUUUAAUCCAGAGCUUUAACCCAUAUUUUAGGGCAAACUAUUUACUGAGGGGUUUUGCAACAUUGUCAGUAUUAUUAUUAUUCUAUGUUUGUUUUGUUCCAUGUUUGGAUGUUUAUUGUUAGGCCAUUGACUGGCUGAUUUUGGACUGUAAAGAUGGAAAUCAAGAGGAAUGAAAUUAGUAGCUUUUUCAAUGCACUUUUAUUAUGGGACAUUUCCAUUUGCAAACAAUGUUUUGAGGUUUUAGACUUCUUUGAACCGAGAAGGGUGCAGCAAAAUAGUGGUGUCAAAUGUUUAAAAAAUAAAAAUAAAAAUAAAAAAAAGAGGAAAAGGGCAAGUGAGGAUUGGGAAUCCGGCUGGGCCGCUGGAGAAAAAAAAAAGAUGCUGAAUGGAAGCGAGGGAAUAUCGGAGGAAGGACACUGACGUAAGUGACGUCUGUGUUCAAAUGACGGAAUGUUGAGUUUUCUGUCCAAACGUGCACUUGGCAUCAACCUGCAUGCCCAAAGAAGAGUGCACACGGUGUGACCUAAUGACUUUACACAGGAAAUUGCUUGCGGUAUUAAAAACACACUUCCACGUCACUUUGUACUGCUUGAGAAAUGUUGCACCCAUUUUUGGAGGCUGUAUCCUUAUGAAGAGUCAGUAUUUUUACGGUUGGGGAAAACGAAACAAAAAAGUACCCUUCACAAAAAGAUGUACAGUACAGGUGGAAGAACAUAAGUAUUUUGUACACCAUUCUUGAUGUUUCAGAUCAAAUUAAAACACCAGUAAAACAUUGAGGAAUGUUGCAUUUUCCUGUAAAUUGUACUUCUAUUUAUUUGCCUUAUUUAGUUUGCUAUAUUUUGUAUGUACACACAGCAUUACAAAAAAUGAUAUAUUAAAAAUAUGAGUAAUAAACUGUGGUCCGUGUACGGUGGAUAGUUUUGAAACUUGUGUAAGAAUGAGUUUUGUUUUUAAUUUUUCUAAUUUUAUUUUUGUUUUGUAUAUUUCUCACCCUGUGACUUUUUGUAGGGUUGCAAUAAACUUUGGUCCCUUGCAA